GCGUCGGUAAAAAUAGCAUAGCCAGCAAAUAACUUUAUUGUGCCGUGGAAAUAGGUUUUCUAGCUAAGUAACGUCGAGUAAACAAAUGUGGUGGACCGGUCGAAUGUGCGCAAAUGUGUGUGGCGUAUGGUAGCCCACCGUAGAACUUAUUGAACAUCCGCUGAAAACUGGGAAAAGAUUUGACGGGACGGCCACGGCCACGGCAUAAAGCAAAGUACAAAUCUCAAUUACGAUGAGUGUCUCGCGGAGCGGUAACACGACGCUGGAUCUGGAGCCACUACUGGACGAGAGCCGUGACGACAGCGAUGCGGAUAAUCAGAAAGGAGAAGCCACAGGCGGAGGUGCCCUGCUGAAUGGCUCCUCCUCGAAGGAGCCUCGCGCCACCGGUGUGGGGCACCGGGAUAGAGAGCGCGAGCGGGACGAGUCAGCCGUGUUCAUUAAGAAAAUCAGCAGCGCAGUGUUCUACGGACUGUCCUCGUUCAUGAUAACCGUGAUUAACAAGACAGUGCUCACGUCCUACCGCUUUCCUUCGUUCCUGUUCCUCAGCCUGGGCCAGCUGACUGCCAGCAUAGUGGUCCUGGGCAUGGGCAAGCGGCUCAAGCUAGUCUCGUUCCCGCCGCUGCAGCGCAACACCUUCGCGAAGAUAUUUCCACUGCCACUCAUCUUUCUGGGAAACAUGAUGUUCGGCCUGGGCGGCACCCAGUCCUUGAGUCUGCCCAUGUUCGCUGCCCUGCGCCGCUUUUCCAUACUGAUGACCAUGCUGCUGGAGCUGAAGAUUCUCGGGUUGCGGCCCUCGACGGCGGUGCAGGUCAGCGUGUACGCGAUGAUCGGCGGGGCUCUGGUGGCCGCCUCCGAUGACCUGUCCUUCAACAUGCGCGGCUACAUAUACGUGAUGAUCACGAACGCGCUCACCGCCUCGAACGGGGUGUAUGUGAAGAAGAAGCUAGACACGUCGGAGAUCGGCAAGUACGGCCUGAUGUUCUACAACUCACUGUUCAUGUUUCUGCCGGCCCUGGCCCUCAACUUUUUCACCGGCGACCUGGAGCAGGCCAUAAACUUCAGCGAGUGGCACGACCCUGUCUUCGUGACACAGUUCCUGCUCAGCUGCGUCAUGGGAUUCAUACUCUCGUACAGUACCAUAUUGUGCACGCAAUUCAACUCGGCCCUGACGACCACCAUUGUGGGGUGCCUGAAGAACAUAUGCGUGACCUAUCUGGGCAUGUUCAUUGGCGGCGACUAUGUCUUCUCGUGGCUCAACUGUAUCGGCAUCAAUAUAAGCGUGUUGGCCAGCCUCCUCUAUACGUACGUGACGUUCCGCCGGAAACGGUCGCCCGAUAAGCAAAGCCACUUGCCCAGCAGCAACCGCGGGGAGAAUGUCUAG